AAUUGAGAUCCCAUCAGCGUCGGUUCUUUUCUGUUUCCAGGAUUUCCAGAGUAAUGGACCUGGGAAAACGGCUCCCUGAGCUGUUUUCUGGGUAGGAACUGAAGGCACGGAACUUUGUUUCCUUUGUUUGGGGGUUGACUUAAGUUCCUGCACAAAGCGGAAAUGCGUGAUCGCUGAGAAAAAAGCAGAGAGAAGGAUGCUCUGCAAAUUUAUCCCAGAAUUAAUGGAAACUCGGGAAAAAACAAUCGGGAAAUUAUUUGCUUAUGUCCAUUAAGACACUUGGAGUCUAGAGUUCGACUGGAAAGAGACUUGGUGGAUACAAUAAUCUUUCUCAGCAUUAACUUCAGUUCAUAAACUCAGAAGUAUGAAGUUGUAUCUACCUCCUUCCCCCAAUUCUUUCCAUUCAUGUCCAUCUGAAGAAUAUUCCAAGCAUGAAAAAGUUAAAACUUAAAGAACUUGAGAGUUGUUUGCAACAAGUUGAUGUCUUUGAGAAUCCAAAACUCCUGCUUGAACAAUAUCCGACACGGCCACAUAUUGCAGCAUGUAUGCUUUAUACAAUUCAUAAUACAUUUGAUGAUAUUGAAAACAAGAUUGUGGCAGAUCUUGGGUGUGGUUGUGGCAUACUGAGCAUUGGAAGUGCCAUGUUGGGAGCAGGGUUAUGUAUAGGAUUUGAUAUAGAUGCCAAUGCACUGGAGGUAUUUAAUAGGAAUGCUGAAGAAUUUGACCUCACAAACGUUGACAUGAUUCAGUGCAAUGUAUGUUCUUUGCUUGACAAAAUGUCCAAAACAUUUGAUACAAUUAUUAUGAAUCCUCCUUUUGGAACUAAGCACAAUAAAGGUAUGGAUAUGGCUUUUCUCAAAACAGCUGUGCAAAUGGCAAGAAUAGCUGUGUAUUCCUUACACAAAACAUCAACUCGACAACAUAUUCAGAAAAAAGCAGAUGAAUGGAAUAUAGGGAUGGAAGUUUUAGCAGAAUUGAAAUAUGACCUACCAGCAUCAUAUAAAUUCCACAAGAAAAAAUCAGUAGACAUCAAAGUAGAUUUUAUCAGAUUCUCUUGUGAAAACAAAAAGAUGGAUGGAGGAAUGACUUAAAUGUAUUGAAACAAUAAAAAUUAAAUUGGUUUUUGAAGUAUUA